UCUUCCUCUUUUUAAGAACUUCAAGUUUCUCAUAUCAUUCUUUAUUCCUCUUCCGUGAGUUCUCUCUUUUCUCCGGAGACUUAAAUUACUCUGUUUUCUUGCUUUCUUCUUAGUAGUAUUUGGAUGGGAUUGAUCUAAAGAUAAGACAAGAAAGAGCAAAGCAGAAACAUGCGGUGGUGGUUGUGUCUUUAUACCUCUGUUUUUCGUACAGUAGUCUCUUUGAAUGUCUUCUGUCGCGUGAUUCUGUAAUCUGAGAUCUUACACAAACACACACACACAGAGCUUUUAUAUUUCCUCAAUGGGGUCUUCUUUUUUCUUCACACUGCCUUGCUUCAUCCCCCAAAUUAUUUGAUUUUUUUUUUUUAAUUUCCGUUUUACUUUUGGAUACUCUGUUUUGGGGAAGGGAAACAGUUGGUGAGAAAGUAGUUAUGGUUUAUCAAUCAGCCGGACAGACAAGAUUUAGGACACUCAAACACGAACACUGUACCGCAGGAAACAUCGUUGUUAGAGUCAUUGCUUGCUUUCAACCUCUCCAAGAUUGCCAGGCUGAAUAUUUUCGUCAGUUGUUGAAGCCCGUCACGUAGAUUAGCUCGAUCUCUCUCAUUCUAAUCCCUUUGUGUCUUCUGUGUUGAUUGUUGUUUUAUUUUUUGGGACAGUUGAUUUGUUUAGUGUUGGAUUGGAUGGGACAAGAACGUGGUUUGUGGUUUCCUACUCAGCGUUUGAGUUCAUUGGCUUCCAUAGCUUUGUCUCAGCUUGGGCAGCAAGACUUGAAGUUUAUAUCUAAAACUUGUGGUGACACCACCGACAUGUUUUCUACUCGUGGUUCUUAUCAUGUUUCAACUCAAUCCUACUUUGAUGGGUCUUGUGGUUGGGUUAAUGGGUCAUCCCACCUGCAGCAGCAGUUCUUGCCUCUUCAAAAGCCAUGUAUGAUGAAGAAGAUGCCUCUUAAAGCAGAUGGUGCUAUAUCUAAAGCUGAGGGACAAUGUAGUCAGAAGAGGUUCCUCGUGUUUGAUCAGUCAGGAGACAGAACAACUCUGCUACUAACUUCAGAUAUCCUGAAAUCUUUUGAGACACUGAAACCAUCUGCAUGUCCUGAUAUGAAGGAAGAACUCAAAAGAAGCAACAAAGAUUUGUUUGUUUGUCAAGGAAUGCAAGGUAAUAGCGAACCGGAUUUGAAGGAGGAUACGGAAGAACUAAAUGCGCUGCUUUACUCCGAAGACGAGAGUGAUUAUUAUUGUUCUGAAGAAGAUGAGGUUACAAGCUCAGGCCAAUCCCCAAGUACUCUAGUAUCAUCCUGUGGGGAGCAAGAAACAUUUGUUGAAAGCUAUGGACAGCCAUUACAUUGUAAAAAGAGAAAGAUACGAGAGAGCUCAGCGUCUUUUCUCGACAUCUCGAAUGAGCAGAUGCUUGAUGCUGAAUCGGGCUGUGACAACACAGAGAUUAGUAUUUUGAAACGUUCCAAGAUGUCUAUCAACAAGAUAGGAGAAGAGAAGAUAUUUGAGACUAUAAGCCUUUUACGCAGUAUAGUCGUCCCCGGGGAGGAAUUGGUAGACCCGAUCUUAGUUAUCGAUAGAGCUAUCGAUUACCUCAAGUCGUUGAAGAUGGAAGCCGAAAAAUCGCGGACACAAGGCUCUUUGUUUGCAUGAUAUAUAAGAGAAAUGUUUUCUAAACAAAGUAGUAUGACAUAUUGGAUUGUGGUAAGUACUCUUGUCAAACUACAAAAAGGAUCAGCUUGCUGGUUGUUACAAGAGAAGGAAUCGGAUUAAAACGAAAAUCGAAUAUUUGUUGAUGAUUAAGCUUGAUUGCUAAAUUUAUUGUAUCAUGUAAUGUUGAUUUGUUUCUUUUCUUUCUAUAAUAUUUUUGAUAUAUAUGGUUUAUAAUUGUUUAUGAAUGAGUGAUGAGUCUACUCAUGAAUCAAAAUUCAUAUUA